GGUUUUAGAUAAACCAGAAAUGGCUUGUUGUGAGCAGAACUCCUCACAUACUGAUGUUGAUAUUCCAAUUGUGUACACAGAGUGCCUGUUUCAGAAUCAAGCUGGACAGUGUUUAACACUGUACAAGGCUUUCAAUAUUCAUGGCCAUGGAGAUCCCCAGAAAACUAUUCAAGAUAAAGAAACCGGUGAGUUUAAGCACUUCCCCGAUUCCGAAGGUUUGGUCGGAGUUGUUGAAUAUAUUCUGGAACAUAAGCUAAAGUGGGUCGUUGCUUGGAGCAAUAUUCCUGGAAAACCAGACAAGGUAUACACUCAGAUCCUUGCGAUGAAAGAAGGCAUUGAUUUGGUGAAAAUUAAGUUCCAACUCGACUUUUCUGGGAACCAAAGCUGUGAUAACAAAUUGGGAUAUAAUCAACUCACACACUGAUAUUAAACCAACAAUGAAGGCAACCCUUAAGCCAGCUGACCCUGCUCUUGUUUAAGCUGCCAUGGCUUCCUCCCAUGCUUAUCAAAAUUCAA